AUGCUCACACUUUUUAUAAUAAAACCACAUGCAUGUACGGCUGACUUGCAAAAACAGUACAGCACAUACAUUGCAACUUGCAAUGGACUGUUAGAGAAACUUGCAGAGUUGAAGUUGCCACCUGUGAAGCCAACAUGGGCCGAUUUCACAGAUGCUGGUCCAGGAGUCGGCUGCAGUAACUUCGAGGUGAGAUUCAGGGAUGCAGAAUUGGCAUUAAUUCAUAAUAGUGACCAUCGCAUUCUAGCUUACCCCUCCCGAGAGAACUCCGCUGACAACGAAGCUGAAAGAACUAACAGCGCUAUCGGAGACAGUAUUGUUGAUUGCUCAACCAUUCAGUGGGAGCAGUACAAGAAAUUUGAUGGCUUAAGUGAUGAAGAAAUUAGCACCCUUACUUUGAAAGAAUAUGAAGAGCACGAGAGGCAGAGGAUGGAGAAAAACGCCGGCGCUGGCACUGUGCAGGAGAAAUUUCCAAACGAACUGAUGGUGCGCCAGUAUUUAAUGAGUUCAUUUAGUGCUUUGUAACAGAAAAGACGAACACGUUUUUCUUCAACAGGACGUACCUUACACAAAAGAAAUCUGUUCCUGAAUAUCAUUAAAUUACAAAGAUUACAUGGAGUAUGUGAGAGAAGGAUGUCUGAAGAAAGAUGAAAUGCUGUGCAACAGGUACGGAAAGGCAGAGUGGGUUGGGCCAAAGUUUUCACGAAUUCCUGCACCUUAGCCAGAUCCGGACAAUGCAGGUCACUACCAUCCUAUUUCCAAGACACCAAGAACGAUCAAUGGGAAGGCUAGAGCCAUAGAUGAUCUUGCCCCUACGGCAAAUACCAGAAAGUUGUUCAAGGAUGGAUCCAUCUCAUCAAGCAACUGUGAGUUCUGA